AUGCAUGUGGACACGUUGAGGCGCCUCGCGAGCAAAUGGAUCAGAGCACACUGCGUGCCGGAGCUUGUAUCGCUGGCGCGGCAGCAAGACCACGAGGUUGCCUUCACGCCGCCACGCUACUCGGACCUGCAGCCGAUGGAGCUGGUGUGGGCUCUCCUCGGGGCACGCAUGGCCCGGCAGGACGCAUCUGGCACAGCCACGUCCGAUGUGAGGCAGCGGUUAUUGUGCAGCAUCGGUGACAUCUCCAUGGCCUGCAGCGGAGGUGCCCACACCGUCGUACAGGCGCUCAUUGACCACGCGGACAAGGUGGCGACACAACAACGCGCCGUUUUGUUUGAGAGUGGGACGUCUCGUCAGGCACCGCGCACCACCGUGUCAUCGACGUUGUCCCCUUCACAGCCCGCCGCACACAGCGAAGCGCCCUCUCAACCACACGUUGCACCCGAAAUACAGCCCGCACCAGUGCAACACCAGCAGCAACAUGAUGGUGGUCGUGGCGCAUCCAGUGUGGAGGAGCUUCAACAAAGAGCCGAUGACUUGCUCGACGUCAUCCUCGGCCAAUCAACGACGACCACCACGACCACCACCAAUGCCACCACCAACAUCACUACUACUGCUGCUGGCGUGGACACUUCAAGGGCCGGAUUGGACGCGGUUGACGGCCUGGCGGAGGCUGCAGUGCAACUGCUGAUGGAGGAGGACGUGCCACUGCAGGCGGAGGGGGAUGAUGGUGAUGAUGAUGAUGACGGUGAUGAUGAUGUUGUUGUUGGCAAGGAUGAAGCUUAA